AGCCGCGCCCAGCCUGUUGUGGACGCAGCACAAAGCCUGCAUAGUGAAAAAGACCCAGACAACUCUUCCUCUCAGACACGAGUCUAAAUCUCGAGAGAAGUUCUCGAGCGAACUUCGAGGUCCAUAACAUUGUGCUAUCAAGUUGCCUGUCUGCUCAAGAAACUCCAGCCUGCCCUCAGGGAUACACAGAUCUUCGCCCUUGGUUGAUUCUUGAUUCAUUUUGUCACUGCACAAAAUGGCAGACGAAUCAAACGGUGCGACGAACGGAACAUUCGACCCCGAGGAUCCCGAGGUUCAGAAACAAAUGAUGCGGCCUCCUGACAUCGCUGCCGACAUGAAAGAAAUGGAUCGGAGAAAGCGAGUCGAGAUGAUCAUGAACUCACAGGUGUUCCGUGAAGAGCUCGAACGCAUUGUUGAGAGUCAACUACGAGAUGGUUACACCCCGGGCAAUAUUCAUGCGCUGCAGCAAGUUACCGAUUUGCUCUUGCCUAGCUCACAAAAACAGCGGGGACCCUUGCUGCCGAUCAAUGAUAUUCGAGGAGUAGAUGGACUUCGGUAUUCGAAACAAGAACGUGUCCUCAGAUGCAAAAUGGGCUCCUUGUGUCGGCUUUUGGAUGCGUACGGCUGGACGACUCACCAUUUCACUCAUCUGACCGUGAGAAUAACUCAGGACCAAGAGCAUUUUCUCAUCAAUCCCUUCGGACUACUUUAUCAUGAAAUCACGGCUUCGUCGCUGCUGAAAGUAGACAUGCAAGGGAACGUCAUCGACACGGGGACUACAACGUUCUCUUUCAAUAAACAAGCCUUCGCGCAGCAUGCGAUCUUGCAUGCGCAUCGACCGGAUCUUAAAGCUAUCAUCCAAUGUCGCCAUCCGGCCCUGGUCACAGUCUCCGCCAUGAAAAACGGACUUCUCCCAGUUAGCGCGGACGCGGCCAUCCUCGGAGAGAUUUCCUAUGCUUCUCCCGGAACUGAUUGUGAAGUGUUAUCCAAGGCUCUCGGACCCAUCAACAAGAUUGUUUUCAUCCGGAAUCAAGGCGCCAUAAUCAGCGGCGACUCCAUCGAAGAGGCUUUCGGUUGCUUGUCAGCAACCAUCUCAACCUGCGAACAGCUAUUGCAAUUGGCCCCUCUGGGCUUGGACAACGUUUAUGUAUUGAGUCCGGAUGAGCUCAACGCUCUCAGGGAGGAACAGAAGGCUCUUAAAGACGUCGAGUCCUCAAUCCCAGGAGACGAGGACAAGGACAGGGCCGAUUCAAAGGCUGACAAAAUGAGCAGGAGAUUGAGGAUGUGCGACGUGAAUUUCGAAGCCCACAUGCGGAUGUUGGACAACAGCGGUUACAGAACAGGCUACAUCUACCGACAGCCUCUGCUCCGCGACGAGAGACCCAGAACGAAAAACGAAGUAGAAGUUCCUCCUUCCGCCACGUCAUUCGGCCAGAGUUUAGAUGCAGACAAGUGGUUGAGUCCUUUGAAGAAACUAAUAGAUGCCAGGAAGACGCAAGACAAGAUGCGAUAUGUCAACUCGCCCAACUCUUACCAGAGAGUUGAGGUGCUUGAGACCGGCACUGCAGAUCCAAAGAAAAUUACCAAGUGGGUUCAAGACGGACAACAGUUUACUCAGCAGACGGUCUGUAAAAUUGAGGGCAGUCAUCAGUUUGUACCGACCAAUACCGACCCGGCGGAGUUCAAGAGGAAACAAAAAGAGAUGAAAGCGAAUCGUUUGAAUUCGAAAGUCACCGCUGGACCUACGUCGAACAUUUUGGAGGGCUAUACGUGGGAGGAAAUAAGACAGAUGCAGGAACAAAUCAAUAGAAGCGGCGACAAUGUUGUUUCGUUCGGCGCUGCUUCUAAGGGAAUAAUUCAGAGAGACUUCCAACAUAACGCGAUGGUUUAUAAGAGUGCUUAUCAAAAGAAUCCUUUCGACGGAAUCACUGAAGAGGAUCUGGAAGAAUACCACAAACUCAUCGAACGUAAGGCUCGCGGUGAGAUAAUCGAAACGGAUAUCCCCGAAAAUCUGAAACCCCUCCUCCAGGAACCUGUAGCCCAUGGUAAGACAUCGACUCCAAUCAAAAGCCCGCCUGUGAAGUCACCGGUACAGUCUCCAGUCUCGGAAGAAGACUCGUACCGAUCCUCGAGCGUAAGGAGGACCCUCUCUGCUCGUAUGGCUGCAGAAGACGCAGAGGAGACGCAGCGAGGGAUCGGCUUCGGAAGAAGAUACUUCUCUGAGCGCAAACCCAAAAAGAGCGGAAAAGAUCUGGAGAGAGAGAACGAGAAGAGUGGAGACGAAUCGAAAUCGCUCAGCAGCAAAGAAGUGAGUGCCCCUGUGAGCUCACCCUCGAAGAGCGAGAAGAAGAAAAAGAAGAAGUCCGGAGGUUUGAGUACCGCAUCGUUCUUCAAGAAAAGGAGCAAGGCCAAGGAAGAAGCUUGAGAUCGAAGAACUUAAGUACCUCAGCGAGAGAUAAAGUUAUAAUUGUCGUCAUCGCAAAUGAGGAAGGGGAACGAGGAAAUUAGCGUUCGCAGUAGGAGUUUACGGUCCCGACAUGGGAACUGACGACGGCAGCGGCGAGAGGGAUACUCCACUUGGGAAAUUUUGACUACUCCGACGCUCUCAUUCUACACUCAACAAUCUUCACACAGACCACCCACAGUAAAUUUUCAGAGCACUUUUCACUCCGAAGUGCGUUCAAGCCGUUAUCGAUGACUGAAAGGAAUCCUUUGCCACAAACUUCACCGCCGCCACUAUGACGGGGAGACGGGAAAUCAGCGACGAGCAUCGUUCGUCCUCGAACGGAAGGCCGUCAGCGUCACUGAAGGGGGCCGUCCGUACGGAUGGGGACGGAUCCGACCUCGAGAAAUAAGCUUGAAGGGGCUGCAAGCAUAUGAGUUGGGUUUUGAGAAACCAGUUGUGCACCGCAUAAUAGACCAAGUUGACAGAGGCCCGGGAACCCAUCGAAUUCGAAUUUCUCUCAUGAAGGAACGCAGCUCCGAUUUCAUCAAGUUCGCCUUCACGCCCGCUUUGUUCGGCAUUCACAUUGCGCAGUCUUGAGCCUGUAUCGGAAGAAAGCUACCGCCGUCCAAAACACUGCCUGUGAACGCGCUCGACGAGGGCAAACGAGUCGAGCGGAGUGUCAUCGCAGA